CCAUAUAUUAUAGGAAUAAUUACAGGUUUUAUUUUAACGAAAUAAACAAUAAUUUUGUUUUAGAAAAGAAAAAAGUAAUAUUAUGUUGGUUGCUUUCGAUCACUAGCAUUAUUUUUAUAAUAUUUGGUCAUUAUACAUCCUUACAAUAUACAUCUAUUAUGAUUACUGCUAUUUAUAUGGCCUUGCAAAGAGUAUUUUGGGCUAUAAGUUUUGCAUGGAUUGUAAUAGCAUGUUUUACUAAACACGGAGGCAUUGUUAAUCAGUUGUUAUCAUUCAAAGGCUGGAUUCCUCUCAGCAGACUUACUUAUUGCGCUUACCUUUUAAACCCUAUCAUUAUACGAUCGAUUAAUUUGUGUAGUGAAGCGCCAAUUUAUUUUCAAUUUUUGCCUCUAAUUUUUAUGUAUCUGGAAUAUGUCUUUCUGAGUUUCUUCUGCGCUUUCGUAUUGUCUUUAUUGAUAGAAAUACCUUGUAUCUCAUUAAUACGAAUGUUCAUCCAAUACUUUAAUGUAAAAGAAUAUAAUAUAAAUAAGAAAAAUUUGUAAUAUU